AUGGAUGCACAUGCGCUUCUCUCCUCCCAAGGGUGGCGAGGAACCGGACACUCCCUACACAAAACCGACGACUCAAUCGGACUUGCGAAACCUCUGCUGCUGAAUCGCAAAGACAAUACUCGAGGACUGGGUCAAAAGCAACAUUUCACUAGCGACCAAUGGUGGAUGAACGCCUUUGAUGAGCAACUCAAGGGUAUCGAUACCUCCAAGGAGGGGAAAGUGGUUCAGACUGUCACAACUGGCAAGCUGAACGCCCUCGAAAAGAAUCUCGGCAAAUACUCCGUAUACACGACCUUCGUACGAGGCGGAUUUCUCGAAGGAACGAUAGAUAAGCUCACGAUCAACGACUCGAGCACCGAGUCAUCCGAAACCGAAUCCAGCGACCAACAAGAAGGCGACAAGUCUGACAAGGACAAGCCUCGGAAAGAGACCAAGGAGGAGAAGAAAGUCCGGAAAGAAGCAAAGAGGAAGCGGAAGGAAGCGCGGGCCGCGAGAAGGGCCGAGAAAGCAGCGCGUCGAGAGCUCAAGUCCAAGUCGAAAAAGUCAUUCAAAUCGUCCAAGUCAUCCAAGCCCUCAGCAGAAUCAAGCGACGCAGAUGAGGAGAAAAAACGGCGGCGCGCAAAGAAAGACGAGAAAAGGAGGCAAAGAGCUAAAGAGUCCGGGAAAUAG